AUGACUAUCCAAAACCAGGCUAAGGAAGAAAUUCCUAGAGUCUCCGGCAAGCGUGAUCUCGACAAGAUCUGGCCGACCACCCAGGAAUAUGGGGCUGCAAUCAUCGAGGAAUUUCUUCCUCUGGACGUCGUGCGGCGCUUGAAUCUUGACGCCGACCCCUACGUCGCAAUUAAACCAAUUUCGAGUGCCUCGGAAAAAGAUCACCCUAACCAUGGGAUAUCCCCAACGUCCAAGUUUGUCAAUGCUUUGAGUGAAUUCUCGCCCACCUUUCGGAACGAUGUCUUGAACAACGAGGCUCUGAAUAGAGUAUCCAAGGAUGCGUUCAGAGCAUAUGGUGAUUACUGGCUUCUACUGGGUGCGAUAAUGGAAUAUGCACCAACUCAACCAGCUCUAUCUUUCCAUAGAGACAUGAGCUUCAGCCAUCCUAUCGUUGACUAUCUGAAGCGUGACGCACCACCCACUUCAAUCAUCUUCAUUGUCGCCCUGACGCCUUUCACGGCCGAGAACGGUGCUACCCACGUCAUUCUGGGCAGCCAUAAGUGGCACUCCAUUGAUGGUGCCACGAUGGAUCAGGCUGUUCGUGCAGUGAUGAACCCCGGAGAUGCUCUGGUGCUUAUCGAUGGCACGGUGCAUUGCGGAGGCGCCAAUAUGACAAAAACCGAGUCUCGCCGUGUACUUUCCAUCACUACGGGCAUCAGCCAGUUCACUCCGCUAGAGAGUAACAUGACCCUCCCGCGUCCCAUCGUGGAGAGCCUAACUCCAUUAGCUCAGAGGCUUCUUGGAUGGGCAAGUCAACGAUCCUCUGCGCCACGUGAUAUGGGGUUGUUGACCAUCCGAGGCAAGUCGAUGGAAGAAACAUUAGGAUUGAGAUCGGACCAGCCAAUUGCAUAG